GCGUAGUCCAUGAUAUUUGACAAUGGCGCAGUCAAAAAACAAAAGCUUCUGUUGUCUACCUCUAUGCGCCAAUUCAAAACAAAAACAACCGUAUUUACAUUUCCACGACUUCCCAAAUAAUACCCAAUACAGCAGGGCGAUCAGACGGAAUGAAGGAGUUAAUUUCGUAAUUCAGAAGGGGAGUACACUGGUCUGUAGUCGGCAUUUCUCAGCGGCUGAUUAUGACGACGGGAGUGCUACGCUGAAUACUGGAGCUGUUCCUAGUCGUUUUGACUGGAACAGCUACACCACAGCCCCGAAAAAAACACCCGUGUAUAAACGGGUGUCAGCUCGAAAAGCUGAAGGAGAGGACAAAACACAAACGGACCGGAGAGGUACCGGGGAACAUGACUACGCGACACGCCCCCCUGCCGGUGCACUGGAUGAUGCCCUGGAGUAUAUUGCUGAGCUGGAGGCAAGGCUGCAAGAAAUGUCCAUGGGGCCACAAACUGUCCUCAACAGAUUUUGUGUGUCUGAUCAGACCAUGACAUAUUAUACUCGGUUUCCAUCUCAAGAAGUGUUUCAAGUGUUUUGGGAGUCUGUUUUGCCCCUCAACACAAUAUAUUCUUUAUUGGAGCAAAGCACAGAGGAUUGGACAAGAGGCGAUUCCAACACCAAGCCCUUCAAGGAAGAUUCCAGCCAUUGAUGAGUUUUUCAUCUACUGUUGUAGAGUAGCAACUGGCCUUAAAGAACAAGUCAUUGCUGACAUCUUCCAGGUCAGCACAGCUGAGAUGGUACCAACUCCAAGCUGGAUAUUCCCUCUAGGAUGUGGGACAUCAAAGGGCGAAACGUCAAAUAAAAA